AUAUAUAUAUAACGUUUACUUAACGAACGUUGUACGUUGUACGUUGAAUGACAUAUAUAUUGUGAAGUGUGUAAAAGCUUUGUUAAUAACACACACAAAAGCAGAUAAUAAUAUAAAUUAUUAAAUAUUUUAAAUAAAAAGUUAACUAAGGAACGUAAAGGAAAAAACGGAUUACGUAUUUCAAGGAUAUUACAACUUAAGUCACUCAAGUAGGUUAAUAGUAAGAGGCAAACCAUAAUUAUGGCUGUCUUUGGUAUGGUAUCAGCCGUAUCAGGCUUUAUAAAAAUCCGUUAUUUAUUGGAUAAAGCUGUCAUCGAUAAUAUGGUGUUUCGCUGUCACUAUAGAAUUACGACUGCCAUCUUAUUUGUCUGCUGUAUCAUAGUAACUGCCAACAAUUUAAUUGGUGAUCCGAUAUCAUGCAUAAAUGAUGGCUCCAUACCUAUGCAUGUAAUUAAUACCUUUUGCUGGAUUACUUAUACGUUCUCGAUACCGGGGCAACAGCAUAGGCAAAUUGGUACUGAGGUAGCUGCUCAUGGUUUGGGUAAUGAAUUCGGUCAAGAGAAACGAUAUCAUAGCUAUUAUCAAUGGGUACCUUUCGUAUUGUUUUUCCAGGGUCUUUUAUUCUAUUUGCCGCAUUGGAUUUGGAAAAGUUUAGAAGAUGGGAAAAUGCGUUCGAUUACUGACGGUUUACGUGGCUUAAUUACUAUGCCCGAAGAUUAUGGGAAAGAGCGAACAAAUCGUAUCAUUAAAUAUUUAAUCGAUAGUUUAAAUUCUCAUGCCAGCUAUUCAUUUGCUUACUAUUUUUGUGAAGCUUUGAAUUUUGCCAACGUUAUACUUAAUAUAUUUUUGGUGGAUAAAUUUUUGGGUGGUGCUUUCAUGACCUAUGGUACCGAUGUUAUAAAAUUCUCUAAUAUGGAUCAAGAUAAACGUUACGAUCCGAUGAUUGAAAUAUUUCCACGUUUAACGAAAUGUACCUUUCAUAAAUUUGGCCCUGGCGGCUCGCCGCAACGUCACGAUACAUUAUGCGUAUUGGCUUUAAAUAUUUUAAAUGAGAAGAUUUAUAUAUUUUUAUGGUUCUGGUUUAUUAUUUUAUCAGUUAUUACCGGUGUGGCAUUAAUAUAUUCAUUUAUGGUGAUUACGAUGCCAACAACGCGAGAAACUAUUAUUAAACGUUCCUAUCGCUCGGGUCAAAGUAAAGAGAUCUCGGGCUUAAUCAGACGUUUAGAUAUUGGUGACUUUUUGAUAUUACAUUUCUUGGGUCAAAAUGUCACCAGAAAAGUCUAUUGUGAAAUGAUACAAGAACUAUGCAAUUUAUUGGGCAAUUCUAGAACGCCUUCAGCCCCGUCUACACUAGAGAUGCAUCCAAUUUAUCCGCAAGUUGAUAAUUUCGGCAAAGAAACUGAAACAUAAAUUCAUGUAAACUUUACGAUAAGGCAUCGCGUAUCAAGCAUUGCAAUUGGCAUUCCAUAGCUGCUGUCAAACGCAUACAUAUUAAAAAAAAUAUUAAAAAGAAUAAAAAAAAAAAAAAAAAAUCGGAGAGAAAAAUUAGGUUACGAUCGAAUAUCCUAGUAGCUACCGUAAAUUGUUAUU